AUUCAUCCGCCCCGGCCCGUGCCGCGAGCGCCCCUCCAGUCCGCGCCGCCGCCCUGCCCCGCGCGCCGCGGCCCCGCUGCCCAGCCGCCCGGCGGAGCGCGGAGCGCGCCCAGCCCUGUCCCGCGGCCGGGCCGGGCCGGGCCGGAGCGGCGACGCCUGGAUGCGGACCCGGCCGCGGGGAGACGGGCGCCGGCCCCGACGCGACUUUCGGUCCCCGACGCGCCCCACCCGACCCCUAAGAUGAAGAGGGCGUCCGCCGGAGGGAGCCGGCUGCUGGCCUGGGUGCUGUGGCUACAGGCAUGGCGGGUGGCGGCACCGUGCCCAGGCGCCUGUGUGUGCUACAACGAGCCCAAGGUGACGACGAGCUGCCCACAGCAGGGUCUCCAAGCCGUGCCGGCUGACAUCCCCGCUGCCAGCCAGCGCGUCUUCCUGCACGGUAACCGCAUUGUGCACGUGCCGGCCGCUGGCUUCCGCGCCUGUCGCAACCUCACCAUCCUGUGGCUGCACUCGAAUGCACUGGCCCGCAUCGAUGCCACCGCCUUUGCCGGCCUGGCCCUCCUAGAGCAGCUGGACCUCAGUGACAACUCACAGCUACGCUCUGUGGACCCCGCCACGUUCCAUGGCCUGGGCCGCCUGCACACGCUGCACCUGGACCGCUGUGGCCUGCAGGAGCUGGGCCCUGGCCUCUUCCGUGGCCUGGUCGCCCUGCAGUACCUCUACCUGCAGGACAACGGGCUACAGGCACUGCCUGACGAUGCCUUCCGCGACCUGGGCAACCUCACGCACCUCUUCCUGCACGGCAACCGCAUCCCCAGCGUGCCCGAGCGCGCCUUCCGUGGCCUGCACAGCCUUGACCGCCUCUUGCUGCACCAGAACCGCGUGGCCCGCGUGCACCCGCACGCCUUCCGCGACCUGGGCCGCCUCAUGACCCUCUACCUGUUUGCCAACAACCUCUCGGCGCUGCCCGCGGAGGCCCUGGCGCCCCUUCGAGCGCUGCAGUACCUGCGGCUCAACGACAACCCCUGGGUAUGUGACUGCCGGGCGCGCCCGCUCUGGGUGUGGCUGCGGCAGUUCCGAGGCUCCUCGUCUGAGCUGCUCUGCAGCCUGCCCCCACGCCUGGCCGGCCGUGACCUCAAGCGCCUGGCUGCCACCGACCUGGAGGGCUGCGCCGUGGCCUCCAGGCCCUCCCAUCCUGUCUGGACCGGCGGGCCUGCCAACGAGGAACCCCUGGGGCUGCCCAAGUGCUGCCAGCCAGACGCCGCAGACAAGGCCUCGGUGCUGGAGGCCGGGAGUCCAGCCUCGGCUGGCAAUGCACUCAAGGGACGUGCACCGUCCGGCGACAGCCCACCCGGCAACGGCUCCGGCCCACGGCACAUCAAUGACUCCCCCUUCGGGACCCUGCCUGGCUCAGCCAAGCCCCCGCUGACAGUGCUGAGGCCUGAGGGCUCCGAGCCCCCUGGCCCCCCCACCACGGGCCCUCGCCGGAGACCAGGCUGCUCCCGCAAGAACCGCACACGCAGCCAGUGCCGUCUGGGCCAGGCAGGCAGUGGGGUUGGUGGGGCCGGUGACUCAGAGGGCUCGGGCGCUCUGCCCAGCCUCGCCUGCAGCCUCGCACCCCUGGGCUUUGCACUGGUGCUCUGGACAGUGUUCGGGUCCUGCUGACUGGCCCCCGAUUGGGAUGCUUCUCUCGGCAGCCAGGUGUGUGUACAUACGGGGUCCCUCCACGCGGCCAGCCAGCACGGGGCGGCAGGCCCUCCCGGACGGACACUCCUGCCCCCGCCCCAUCUCCACCCCAUCAUGUUUACAGGGUACGGUGGCAGCGUUUGUUCCAGAACGCCGCCUCCCACCCGGAUUGCGGUAUAUAGAGAUACGCGUUUUAUUUUACUUGUGUAAAAAUGCCGACGACGUGGAAUAAAGCGCUCUUUUCUUAA